UCUCUCUCUCUCUCUCUCUCUCUCAUGUUAUAGAGUUUGAACUCAUCUAAGCUUCGUGCUCUCUAAUCUUUCUAAAGAUAUAGUUUUGAGUGCCUACUGUUUCCACAAUCCUUGGUUGCUGUACGGGUUUGCAGCAGUAGGAAAUGAUCAAAAGGUAUGGAGUGUUUUGAUGUACUGGAAGUACCAUGUUGCAGUGCUUAGAGGGGGUCAAGCAUUUCUGUGCUCCCCUGUUGCAGUGUUGUGAUCUAGAUCUGUAUCGACAAUCUAGGGGCCUUGAAGAUCCUGAAAUUCUUGCAAGGGAGACAGUUUUUAGCGUCAGUGAAAUAGAAGCACUUUAUGAGCUAUUUAAGAAGAUUAGCAGCGCUGUGACUGAUGAUGGGCUGAUUAACAAGGAAGAGUUUCAAUUGGCAUUAUUCAAGACGAAUAAGAAAGAGAGCUUGUUUGCUGAUAGGGUGUUUGACUUGUUUGACACCAAACACAACGGAAUCCUGGGGUUUGAAGAGUUUGCACGUGCGCUCUCUGUCUUUCAUCCAACUGCCCCUAUCGAUGAUAAGAUUGAGUUUUCUUUCCAACUAUACGAUCUCAAGCAGCAAGGAUUCAUUGAGAGGCAAGAGGUGAAGCAAAUGGUAGUGGCUACUCUUGCCGAGUCUGGUAUGAAUCUUUCAGAUGAUGUUAUAGAGAGUAUCAUUGAUAAGACCUUUGAGGAAGCUGACACAAAACACGAUGGAAAGAUUGAUAAGGAAGAAUGGAGAAGUCUUGUUUUGCGACAUCCGUCCCUGCUGAAGAAUAUGACCCUUCAGUACCUCAAGGACAUCACCACUACAUUCCCGAGCUUUGUAUUUCACUCGAGAGUGGAGGAUACCUGA